AUGAGACAAGGAACAACCGAAAACUUGAUGCAUUUCAAGGAACGAUUCUUGAGACAAGCAGAAGUCCUACAAGAUCUAUAUGGUGUUGCCUGGUUCCAAAGUUUUGCAGUCAAGACCAAAGCGUAUGCUGCUAUUGCUAGCACUGAUACUGCUGCUAAAGACAAAUUCAAAGAUGACAUCUUUGAAGCCAAGAACUAUUGCAAGGAAGUGGAUUAUUAUCCAAAGACAGUCAGCAGAGCACAAGAUAUGCUGAAGCUGCACAUGGAUGUCAUUAAGACUCCAGGAGUGAACCUCUGCCAAGGAAAGGACCAAAAUAAAGGUAAAGGUAAAGGUAAAGGUAAACCAAAGGAUGGAAAGAAGAAAGAUGCAGCAUAUUAUGUAUGUGGCAACAAGGACCAUAUGUCAUCAAAAUGCCCAGACAGACUGCUGCCAAAGAUUCAAUGGAAAGAGCCGGGUAAGCAUGUUUAUUAUGAAAAGAAGCUCAAUCUGAACCAGAUUGGAGCAACAGUUCCAGCUACAGUUCCAUCUGCUUUUCCUGGUGCUCUGCCAGUAACAAGUAUUAUCACAAGUGGAGGAUCCAGUAUUGCCGGAAGUGUUAACACACCUUUGCGACUUGCUGGUACUACAGGGAAUCAGGUGAUGCAAGUUCCUGCGGGAAUGCAACUGAUGCAGAUCCCAACUCAAGGUGGCGGCACUGUGACUGUCGCCUACACUAUGAAUUCUAAUGGUGAGAUUGCGUUCAGUGGAAUGCAACUCAGCCGACAAGGAUUAAAUGGUGCUCAAAUGCGCCAAGGAUUUGAUGCAACUCAAGCUCAAACUCCGCAUGUCAUGAAGACUGGCUAUUUUGAUACGUCAAAUGUAUUCCAUGAUGCUAUCAAGGGAAAAUAA